CGUUUCUACUUGAUCGAGUUAUGGCACGUACAAAGCAGACAGCACGUAAAUCCACUGGAGGGAAGGCUCCUAGGAAACAACUGGCAACCAAAGCAGCCAGAAAAUCGGCCCCAGCGACCGGAGGUGUCAAGAAACCCCAUCGUUACAGGCCAGGAACCGUCGCCCUUAGAGAAAUCCGUCGGUACCAGAAGAGCACUGAGCUUCUCGUCAGGAAGUUGCCUUUUCAGAGGUUGGUCAGGGAAAUCGCCCAGGAUUUCAAAACCGACUUGCGUUUCCAGAGCUCCGCUGUCAUGGCUCUCCAAGAAUCUGCUGAAGCUUACUUGGUCGGUCUUUUUGAAGACACUAACUUGUGCGCCAUCCACGCCAAGAGAGUCACUAUCAUGCCUAAGGACAUCCAAUUGGCCAGGCGUAUCCGUGGUGAACGAGCUUAAAUCGUUGUUUCUGCCAUCUUUCAACGGCCCUUUUCAGGGCCAC